AUGACAAGCUGCAGACCAAAGGUAUCCGCAACUGCAAACCCGUGCCAGAACAGUGAAGGAAGAACCGUCAAAACCAGCCAGCACCGGAUUUCUAUAGUCGUGACUAUUACUUUGUACGCAUCGACUGUGUUGGUAUUGAUUUCGCGCUCUGGCUUCGAUGGAGUAUGGGCAAGUAGGAGGGAGCUGGAAGAGGAAGUGCGAAACACGUCACGUGCAUCCAGCAUGCUCGGGUCGCGUCAUCGUCAACCGACUGGGAAUGCGGGCGCGUCUCAAGAUGCAACUCUCUCCACCUCCCACCAUUCGACAGCUACGAUAGCUACAUCCCCGCCAAUUGCUGCAACUCGUGUACGUUGCUGGCCGUAA